AUGGCUGAACCAGGUCACAAGCGUCACGCGCCGCUGGCAAAGCCCGCUUCAGACUUGUCGCCCGACCUUUCGUCUCUGGUCGGUCGGGCAUGGCCUCAAAUCUUUGAAGCCAUGAACAAGUCCCAGGUAACAAUCCUCGUGGCUCCUACAGGCUCAGGCAAGUCCACAGACCUUCCACAAAUGCUGCUGGCAGAGGCGCAGAUGCGCGCGCCUGCAACAAAGAUUCUGUGCGCCCAGCCGCGACGCAUUGCAGCCACUACCUUGGCAGCGUACGUGGCGCGGCGAACGAAGACAAACCUUGGGGACCUUGUUGGCUAUGAGAUUGGUGGCUGCAAAGUGCGUUCAGACAAAACUCGCCUGACCUAUGUUGUUGCGGGCAUUGCGCUUCUCAACUGUUUGGACUGUAGCCCCGACUUCGAUGUCAUCAUUGUUGAUGAGGUGCACACCCGUGACACUCUGAUUGACCUGUUGUUGGCGGUGGUGUGCCAUACAGUUCUGAAAAAGUUGCCUGCGCUGAAGCUCGUGUUAAUGUCUGCGGCUAUGGACAAGGAGCACAUGAAGGGCUAA